AUGUCAGCAGCUACUGGACAAUUCAAAGUUAAUAUUGUUGGGGAUAUUAUGCUUGAUCGGUUGAUCAACAAGAAGAUAUUUGAAGGACGAUGGCCGACCAAGUACACAUAUCCAUAUGGCAACACACUCGAUGUGCUAAAGGAUUGUGACUUUUUUAUUGGGAAUCUCGAAACUUCGAUUACAAAGCACAGCGUAAAGUGGCCCAAGACGUUUAAUUUCCGAAUGUUUCCUGAGCACAUCCAAGCAAUACUCAACUUAGUUCCAUAUUCGUCUUCCAUUCUUUCGCAUGAUUCCACGCUCAAUCAUGUCCAGCUUCCGUAUACUUCGCGUGCAAACCCACUGUAUUUAUCACUAGCAAACAAUCAUGUGCUAGAUUACAAUUAUCAAGGAUACAAGGAUACCGUCGAAUCUUUAAAUGCAAAUGAAAUUAAUUACGCUGGUGUCGGUGAAGAUCAGAAUGAAGCUAUGAGGCCAUGUAUCAUUAACUUUCAGGAUAGGGAAGGCAAGUAG